UUCUAUCUGCUGUCUUUAUCUUUACAGGAUCUGUGUGUGUUUCCUGCAGCAUCACCACCCUCUGCUGAUGUGGAGACGAUGGUUGUGAUGACACAUCGCGACGUUCAGCGUCUGAAACAGGAAGUGCGACGACUUCAGAGUCUGCUGCAGGAAGUCCAGAAGCGAGCAGCCAAUCACGUCGCUUUGCUGCAACAGCAACUGGCCAAUAAAGCACAGCAUAUAGAGAGACUCCAGACAAAGUUACAAUCCCAGCAGGACUAUGACAAGAUCAAAACUGAGCUCAGGACUCUUCGAGCACAGAUGCAAACUACUGAUGUCGUGUCGUCAUCCCUAUAUAAAAACAGCCACAUGGACACUCCAGCCUAUACACCACGAAUGAAGUAUUACAAUUAA